CGGGUAUCUCACAGCCUCCACAGGAACAACCACACUAGUCCCUGGACGAAGGAGGGACAGGACGUCUGGACGGUCACAAUGAAGGACCAUUUCCUUCGGCUGUUGCUGCUAGUUCCAGCUGUACAGACCUUCCAAUCCCCGGGAAGAGCGUAUCACAGGAUCAAUUUAAACAGAAACUGGGCUGAAGCCCGGGAUCACUGCCGCAGUCACUACAGUGAUCUCGUCAGCAUCCGAAGCCCAGAGGAGAAGAGUCUCAUUGACCCCCUGUUUGUUGGAAGUCAAUGGGUCUGGAUCGGGCUGUACAAUAAUGACCAGACUGAGACCGGAUGGAAAUGGUCAAAUGGAGACAACGUCAAUUAUACAGACUGGGGAGGAGAGGACCCGAAUGGAUACACGUCCGGAUCAGUCUGUGUCCGGAUGUACAAUAGCGAAGCUACUGCUCGUUUUUGGAUUGAUGAUCCAUGCCAUUACAAUCUGCCUUUCAUCUGUUACACAGAGAGAAAGACACCAACAACAGCUCCGUCCACUGCAGCUACUGAAACCACCCCAUACACAGCCGGCAGAGACACCUUCACCCCAUCACAGAGCCCAGCAACCGAGCCCACCUCCCGCUCAGAGCCAGAUCCACCUGCCCUUCCCCAGAGCACGGAGUCUCCUCCUCCACCUUCCAGCUUCCCUCCUCCCAACAUACCAGGACCUACAGCGACUCCCGAGAACAUAUUUACCGGGACCUCCAGAGUGACAGAGAGAAAGACACCAACAACAGCUCCGUCCACUGCAGCUACUGAAACCACCCCAUACACAGCCGGCAGAGACACCUUCACCCCAUCACAGAGCCCAGCAACCGAGCCCACCUCCCGCUCAGAGCCAGAUCCACCUGCCCUUCCCCAGAGCACGGAGUCUCCUCCUCCACCUUCCAGCUUCCCUCCUCCCAACAUACCAGGACCUACAGCGACUCCGAGAACAUAUUUACCGGGACCUCCAGAGUGA